CGAAUAAAAACUCAAAAACUUUUAUUUCAAUAUCAAUUUUUCCAUGCAACAAGAAUUUGUUUAUUUAAAAACGAAUUAAUUAGUACCUAGGACUUAUCGUUUCUUCUCUCUACCAUCCAAGAAUCUCUGAGAUCUUAUCUGUUUUACAGUUACUGUAAGUCUGCAAAGAUUUAAAAAAAUAUUACACGAUCUCUCUUUGUUGUCUUCUUUGAUAUUUAUCUGCCUCUAAAACAUUUCUUUAUUCCUUUUUUCUUUAAAAAACAAAAUCUGCUCCACUCUUGUUUGUGGUUCUCACGCUCGUGGGUUGAUUAAUUCAACAUUGAAAUAGUUUUGGUAUAAGAGACUAUAAGAUAUGAAUUUCACAGAAUCGAUGAACGUUGUGCACAACAGAAUCCAACAGCUUGAACCAGAACACGCGUCGAAAAUCAUCGGUUAUCUCUUGUUGAUGCAAGAACACAGCGAUCGAGACAUGAUCCGUCUAGCCUUCUGUCCAGAUUCUGUGAUGCGUUCCAUGAUCAACUUCGUUAAAUAUGAAUUAGCUAAAGAUCCUCGUUACCAUAGCCCUCCUUCGGAUCAGAUUAACCGUAGUUUCGGAUCAUUUACCGGCUCAUCUCCUCCUAUGAGAACCGGUUUCUGGGAGAAUCCAACCGAGAUUGACUCGUUGCAGCACAAUGUUCAGUUCUUGAAUUUUGAAGAUUCUGAAUUCUCUAAUGGCUUCUUCUCUCGUGAUCAUCAAGUUAUGCCUUUGCGAACGAGCAGGAGAUCACCGAGUUUACCCGAGUUUCCGGUAAAGAUAUGUCAUUACUUCGCUAAAGGUUUCUGCAAACACGGUAACAACUGCCGGUACUUUCACGGGCAGAUCAUACCGGAACCGGAGAGAGAGAGUUUUGCUCAGAUGUUAAAUCCAAACAAUAACCUGAGUGAUGAAGAGCAUGUUGUUUCCCCCGGAUCACUUGAGAAACUAGAAGGAGAGAUCAUCGAGCUGCUCAAAUCAAGAAGAGGAGCUCCAAUUUCGAUAGCUUCAUUGCCAAUGAUGUACUACGAGAAAUAUGGUAAGACACUUCAAGCUGAAGGAUAUCUCACAGAGUCGCAAAGACAUGGCAAAGCUGGCUAUAGCCUCACCAAGCUUCUUGCUCGCUUGAAGAACACCAUCCGCCUCAUCGACAGGCCUCAUGGGCAACAUUCGGUUAUAUUAGCAGCAGAUGAAUCAAAGUUUGUGGAAUACAUGGGAGAGAGAAACGAACAUGGAGCGGUCCUUGCUGGUUCUAGACAGAUUUACUUGACAUUUCCGGCAGAUAGUAGUUUCACUGAGCAUGAUGUGUCAAACUACUUCUCUAAAUUCGGACAUGUGGAAGAUGUGAGGAUUCCUUGUCAGCAGAAGAGAAUGUUUGGAUUUGUAACAUUUGUUUACACAGAAACUGUCAAGCUCAUUCUUGCUAAAGGCAAUCCACAUUUCAUCUGCGGGGCUCGUGUUCUCGUCAAGCCUUACCGGGAAAAAUCACGGUCUAGUCGAUACCUUGACAAUAACAAGCCUAUGCACGGCAUGCGAUAUGGUUCUCAAUACAUUGACAGAGAAAUAGAGAUGAACACAUUGCCACUGCGGGUUAGUGAGAGCUCAAGACUAAUGAGGAAACAAUUUCUUGAGGAACAUGAGGAAUCGGUUUCUAAGUCCUUACCUAAUUACUCCUAUCUCGGCUCCGAUGACUUCAAGCUAACAGAAGCGGCGCAAGAGGAACAAGCGGGACGGUUGAGCUAUCUGCUUGACUAUUUGAACACCGAAGAUAAUGCCAUGAACAUAACCACUAACUACAAAGACAAUGAUAGGAGAAUCCAUUGUGAACCUUUGGACAGUCAAACCUUGAAUCUACCUGAGAGUCCGUUUUCUUCCCUUUCCGGGAAGGAGAUUUCGACAGUUACAUAGAGAGAUCAAUACCUAACAAAGGGAGAAGAAGAUAGGAGCAUAAAGAUUAUAGGAAAUUCCCAAAGAUCUAAUAAGAGAUUUGUGUUGUUUUUUCAUUAUCUUCUUCCGGUUUUAGUCUGAUCGAUGGUAUGGAAACUUUAGAUUCUUUAGCAAUAGCAUCAAUGAGAAAGAAAUAAUUGUGACAGAGAAAUACACAACAAGCUGUUUGAUUCAUCUUCAGUAUGAGUAUAAAGCAGGUUGAGAAACAUAAAGUACAUGGUUAUCAUAUUAUUAAUUGGUAAGCAAGUUGGGCU